AUGGCGAAGACGAAGGAUCCUCAAACGAAGAAGCGCAAAGCUUCAGUUCCUGAAGUCGAAGCAGAAAAAGUGAAGAAAGUCAAGAGCGAUGUCGCAAAGCCUGCUGAAGCUCCGGCGAAGAAGCGCAAAGCUACCGACGAUCCUACUCCAGCUCAAUCCAAGAAAUCGAAGACGCCCACGCCAAUCCUCCAGGGGUCUUCUGAAUUGACGCCCGCAGAGCCAUCAAAGAAGAACCCCACCACGGUCAAGUCUAAGAAUGUCAAGAAAGAGAAUACCAAGCAAGAUAACGUCAAGCAAGAUAAAGUCAAACAAGAUAAAGUCAAGCAGGAUAAAGUCGAGCAGGAUAACAUCAAGAAUGAGAAUGUCAAGAAGGAGAAUGUGAAGAAAGAUAAUGUCAAGAAAGAGUCAAAGAAGGCUGGUGGUUCGGAGCCAGUAAAGAAUGCAGCUUCUCACAAACCUUCGAAGGUCACUACCCUCUCUGCAGAGAAGAAUCCUCCUUCCAAGGAUGCGAAAUCCAAGCCCGAAAUCGGAGGUGACGCGGAUUUGGACUCUGGGCUUGAGGACGAGGACAAGAAUAUGGACGAAGACUCAGACUCCGAGGUGGACGACCAAACUCUUGCUCUGCUUCAAGGCUUGGAGAGCGAUGGUGAUGAGGAGGAAGCCACCGGCGAGGGCUAUACGACGGGUGACCCGAUUCCAGUUCGCGAGAAGCUGAGCAAAAAAGAGGAGAAGAGACUGAAGAAGAUCGCUGAGUCAGCCGCCUCCGACAAGCCUGGAGUUGUCUACAUUGGUCGGGUCCCCCAUGGUUUCUAUGAGCACGAGAUGAAGGCGUACUUCAAGCAGUUCGGUAAUAUCUUGAAAAUACGUCUGUCACGCAACAAGAAAACGGGGGCUAGCAAGCACUUUGGAUUCAUUCAGUUCGAGUCCGCAACCGUCGCCGAUAUUGUCGCCAGAACCAUGGACAACUACCUCAUGUUCAACCACUUGUUGAAGGUCAAGCUUAUUCCAGACGAGCAGGUGAAUCCAGAUUGGUUCAAGGGGGCAAACAAGCGAUUCAAGAAGGUUCCAUGGAACAGAAUGGCGGGUAGAAAGCUUGAGCAGGGUAAGUCUGAAGAGUCGUGGAACGGGCAAGUUGCGCGGGAGGAAAAGCGACGCAGUGAGAAGGCCGAUAAGAUGAAGGAAAUUGGCUACGAGUUUGAUGCUCCGAAGGUCAAGUCUGCUACGGGCGUGGCGAAGCCAAAUGCGCUCAAAUUUGCUCGGAAUUCUAGAUCACUUCUUCCUGGUGUUAUCUCUCUACGUGUCACAAUGAAGAUCGUUGGUACUUUCUGGUCAGCUGCAGACAUCAGUCACUCUGCCAAUGUUAGUACCAUCGUUGGAUGCAAGUCAAAAGCUCUUCAUGGAGCUCUUCCGGGGAUUCGAUUGGACCCAUUCAGCGCCCCCUUCUAUGCAAAUGUUCAACGUGGGGGCAUUGAUCUAUUUCAUCACCGGUCGUCUCUUCAGCAGCAUAUUCGGUAUCUUUCAAGCGUCGCAAUACUUCUCUUCUCAUCCACGACCGUAUCGCAUUCAUCUUCGAACUCCUUUUUCUUUAAAAGUGGUAUACUGUCUCUUGAGCAUUCGACCAUCAGUCGAGAGUUUAUCCCGACAAUAGCAAGACUUCGACAUCACCUAGCUUGGGCAUUUUGUACGAACUGUGGACUCUUGCCAGAGCCAAAUAUCGAGAGUAAUGCUAUCAGAACGUCAGGAUGCACAGCGAAACCUUUGCAUUCUACCUUUACCAUUCUGAACUUGGUGAAAUGUUAUAUUCGGUACUUCCUUCUCCCCAUAGAGAUUAUCGUACCUCCAGUCUUAUCGUUUUCGAUCCGGGCGCUAACCACUCGUCUAUUUGCGAGAGCUGGUUACUGCUGGUAUACUGUGGCACAGCUUCAGUCCGACACAUUAGCUCUCUUGAUAGAGGAGGCCUUUAAGAUGAAGGAUAAAGAGCUUAAGGCUCAGGUAUCUGAGAGCGAUUUGAAGAAGUAUCAAGCGAUGUUGUUGGGAGAAAGCCACAAAGUUGACAUCAUCACAUGCGCAAUACAGGUUAGCUUAGCUACGAAUGUUUUUUCUGUCCAAAAACAGUUCUGGCUUACACCAUACCGGGCUUUCGCACUUGGACUUUGUAAAUGCUUGGAAAAUCGAGAUGGCCGAAAAGCUAUAAACAAUCAUGCUAAUGUCAAAUUUCACAACGGAAAAUUCUGGGGACAGAGAAAUGGCAAAAUGGGCGAGCAAAGCGAGCUUUUCUUCCAAGCUAUAUCUUGUCGUAAGAGGCCACACGUACCGAGCUAUCAGACUAUCGAGCUAUCUCCACCGAGGUCACCAACUUCAGUGCUAGCAUCUAGCGUUAUUCGGUCCAGUCGAGAAGGGUAUAUUCCUUCAACUACACCUACAAUAUCGUCAAAUAACGAAAACAUGCAUAUCAGCAGAGAAUUACGCCGCUUUGCGGCCCUUAUCCUCGUCGGUAGUCAACUAGUGUUGUCUGGAAUGUCGAGCAAGUCCUAUCCGAACGAUCACACCACAUCAAUGGCCAUCAACAACCACUCCACCAACGAACGUAGCUUGAUAACUCUCAACACCUCCUCUCUGAAGAGACUCCGGCUCGUGUAUAUCAAAGGUCGCUCGAUUGAAGACAUCCGACAAAGUAAAUACGUGGCAGUGAAACGCUGGGCGUGGCUCGGUGACGCCGUCCGCUGCUCUCUCUCGUCAACGGGCAACUCAUGCUGGGCGGACUUUCCCCAGCCUGAUACCCGGGACAUUCGAGCAAGAUCAGACCAGUCCAGAGCGAAGAAUCCUUUCGGGGUCGACUUGGCGUGCGGUAUUUUAAGCGGGUAUAGGGUCAACAAUUGCUUCGACGAUGUGGGCAAGAAGUCAGACACCUCCUCCUCAACGUCUUCGGCAUCAACAUCAAGCCUAAAAUCGACCCAUGGUACGUCGACCACCAAAUCCGCCAAGGGAAGAAAGACCAAGGGUCGUGAGAGGGCCAGCAGCAUGCGAACAUCCACCGGCCAAGCCACCGCAACAUCGUCGCCUACACCGCAAAGCACGGCCGGAGCAACGGCUCUCAAAAAGAGAGGCUGGAUCAAGAAGUUCUUUAAGGAGAUAAACUGCAUUGUAACAGCUGACCGAACAUCCCGAUGUCAGAAGAAGAAGAAGGAGAAUUCGAAGCAGCAUAGAAAGCCCAAGCAGCCAGAUAUCACGACACCACAUGAAUCACCACCGCCUACAGCACCGGCACCGGCAUCGAAACCGACAACCAACGACCCAGCCACGACGACGGGCCUCCAGCACCUCAGCACUGCUACCACCACCACGGCGAAUACCAGCAACGCUCCUUCUCCUCAGAGUGCUGCCAUCCCCAUCCCCAUCCCCAUCACCAUCUCGUCCCCAUGCCCGCCGGACUCCGCGGCGGCCACAGAACAACUCCCACAAUCCAGCCGCCUGCAAACGAGGGACUGGAUCAAGACCUUAUUCACAAAGAUGAACUGCAUGGUAACAACCAACCGCGUAUCUCCAUGUCUGAAGAAGCCCAAGCAGCCCGCCGCCGCCGCGCCAGCAGCACCGUCGAGCACUACAGAGGACUAUAGUACGGUGACGACCUUCCAGCAGUUCAAACCCGCUGCACCGACGACGCCGAAACCGAAGCAAAAGGCAAAGGCGAAAGCGAAAGCGAAAGCGAAAGCGAGCAAGCCGACUGCGACGUCCGCGACUGCAGCUGUAUGCACGCCUGCGCCGACCGCCGCUUCGAUCUAG